UUUCGAUUUACUUUUUCAAGGUUUCUUUGAUUCGCUCAUGUUCUUAUAUUCGAAUCUUGAUCUUCUCUUUGCAUAUAAUAAUUCAGAAACCCUUUUUCAAAAGAUGUUUUCCUCUUUCCCCACUUCAGUUUUAUUCAUCCCCAAUUUCUAAUUCACGCCACAUCUCUCCACCCUUUCUCUUUCUUUGAAACGUAAACGAGUUUUUGUUGUUGUUUGUUCCAUCUGAUGUUUAGUUUCGACUCAUCUUAUCAUCAUCAAUCACCAAUCAACUCUUCAUCGAGCUCGAUCCCUUCUAAUUUCCUUCACCCCACCUAUUCCUGCUCUUUUUCCCGUUUGAAUUUCAUCAAAUUCCGCCUUAAAAUUUGAUUUCGGAAACCCAUUAGGGUUUCUUCGUAUUUUCUCGAGUUGAAGGAUUUUGAAAAAAUGGGGGAUCGGUUUAGAUCGGCCACGCAGUUGGACGACUUGCCGUUGCAUUUGAUUUUUGAAAUCUUGACAUCCGGCGGCCUAUUGGGUGUGAUGGAUCUUGUGUGUUUGGAGCUAACCAAUUCAACUUUUCGAGGUACUCAUGGAUUGGUUCCUCACAAGUUGAAAUCAUUGGUCGAUUUUGCAGCUUUUCAGGUUUGUGGAUCACAUCCUAUAUACGUUUGCUUGAGUUACAGAGCUCAGGAAGAGCUAUUAACUCGAUGUGCUGGAAAUUGGAAGAGAAUUUUGAGGUUCUUGCAGUCAGUUCAUCAGUCCUCAGACGUGGUUGAAACUUCUGAUGGCAAUCAGAUGCAAAUUAGGAGUGGAAGGUAUCAUACGUUACUGAUCAAGGAUUCAACGGUUUACUCUUGUGGUUCUAGUUUGUGUGGCGUUCUUGGUCAUGGUCCUGAAACAACACAAUGUGUAGCAUUCACUCCGAUCAAGUUCCCAAAUCAUGCCCACGUAACGCAUGUUUCAGCUUCCCACAAUCAUGCCGCCUUUGUGACACAAUCGGGAGAGGUUUUCACAUGUGGUGACAACUCGUCCUUUUGUUGUGGGCAUAGUGAUACAAGCCGUCCAAUAUUCAAGCCUAGGUUGGUCGAAGCACUAAAGGAAGUCCGUUGCAAGCAGGUUGCAGCGGGGGUUAGCUUUACUGUGUUUCUAACAAGAGAAGGUCAAGUAUACACAUGUGGGACCAGUGCACACGGCCAACUCGGCCAUGGUGACACCCUGGACCGACCAACACCAAAACUUGUGGAAGCCCUUGUGAGCGUGGGCCCCGUUGUCCAGAUUGCUGCUGGUCCGGGUUAUGCCCUUGCUGUCACCAAUGAUGGAACCGUUUAUUCAUUUGGUUCUGGAACCAAUUUCUGUCUUGGCCACGGGGAGCAGCACAAUGAGCUACGCCCUCGGCCACUCCAGUCGUUCAGGAGAAAGGGCAUCCACAUUGUCCGUGUCUCUGCUGGUGACGAACAUGUCGUUGCACUCGAUUCUAACGGAUAUGUCUACACUUGGGGGAAAGGCUAUUGUGGGGCACUUGGCCAUGGGGAUGAGAUCGAUAAGACGACCCCCAAGCUCCUGAGUAGCCUCAAAACUCACCUCGCUGUUCAGGUGUGUGCAAGCAAGAGGAAAACCUUUGUGUUGGUGGAUAAUGGAUGUUUAUAUGGAUUUGGAUGGAUGGGUUUUGGCAGUUUGGGGUUUCCAGAUAGAGGGGUAUCAGAUAAAGUCUUGAAACCUAGCAUGCUUUCAAGUCUAAAGGAUCAUCACAUUUCUCAAGUCAGCACAGGUUUGUAUCAUUCGGUCGUGGUCACUAGUCGAGGCCGCAUAUUUGGAUUCGGAGACAAUGAACGAGCCCAGCUCAGCCACGAUAAGUUAAGAGCUUGUCGCGAACCGAGCGAAAUCUUGGUUCAAGAAGCUGCUGGUGGUACCCUUCCUCCAUGACCACAAAGAUUAGGAUCAACUACAGGUAUUCAAAAGGUUAGGAGGUGUUUGUUCUGUUGCAUCAUGUUUUGUACCGUUUGUUUGUAUGAAUUUAGAUAAAUUGUCCGUUUAUUUUUUACGUUAGAUAAACAACUCGAAAAACAUAACCACGCCGUCUUACGGAUAUUUGUUUCGUAUAUGUCGAAAAUAAAUUCCUUUUUACAUUUUCUA